AUGAAAAUUUUAUUACUUUCAGCCCUAGUUGUCCUUGCCUUAUCAGGACCAGCUAUUGUCCGUGACCCGUCUGCUCCUCUUUUUACUCAAGAAGACAUCGAUUUAAUUAACCAAAGUCAAGAUUCAUGGACAGCCUCACUCGAUUGGGUUGGCUCAAUGACCGCUGAAGACGUCAAAAAAUAUGCUACCACCCAAAUCAGACCAAGAGAGUUCCCAGAAUUCCACUGGGGAGCAGUGCUCGAAAAUCUCCAAGUUCCAGCCAGUUUCGACUCAAGGAAUCAAUGGCCAAGCUGCGUUCACCCAAUUCUUAACCAAGGAGAUUGUGGAUCAUGCUGGGCUUUUGGAGCAACUGAAGCUCUGUCAGACAGACUUUGCAUUGGUUCAAAAGGAUCAAUCAACGUUGUCCUUUCCCCUCAAUAUUUAGUUGAUUGUGACCACACUAGCCAAGGAUGCAGUGGAGGAUACCCAGAUCUUGCCUGGAGCUUCAUGAAGACUAACGGAGUUCCUACAUAUUCUUGCGUUGGAUACACUGCUGCUAAUGGAAAUUGUCCAAAAACUUGCGACAAUGGAUCUUCAUUACAAUUCUACAAGGCUGCAAGCGUAAGCACUUACAGCGGACCAUCUUCAAUUCAAGCUGCUAUUCUUGCUGGAGGUCCAGUAGAAACUGCUUUUUCUGUUUAUGAAGACUUUAUGACUUACAGCGGUGGAGUCUAUAAGCAUACCAGCGGUGGAUAUGUUGGAGGACAUGCAGUAAAAAUUAUUGGAUGGGGUAACCAAAGCGGAACCAAUUACUGGAUAUGCGCAAACUCUUGGGGAACUAGCUGGGGUAUUCAAGGAUUUUUCUGGAUUGCUUUUGGACAAUGUGGAAUUGAUAGUCAAGCAGUUGCUGGAAGCCCAUUAGUUUAA